CUCAGGAAGAAAGAUGGGCAGCAAGAGAGCACUGCACUAUGUCCUGAAAGUUGGGAAUAGAGGCCAGACUGCCAGGUUUUACAGAGAGUUGCUGGGAAUGAAAGUACUAAGGCAUGAAGAAUUUGAAGAAGGCUGUAAAGCUACUUGCAAUGGUCCUUAUGAUGGGAAAUGGAGCAAAACCAUGAUAGGCUAUGGGUCUGAGGACAGCCAUUUUGUCGUUGAACUAACAUACAACUAUGGAGUUGGACAGUAUCGCGUAGGCAAUGAUUUUCUGGGCAUAACUAUUCAGUCAAGCCAGGCUGUGCAACAUGCACGCCAGAUGAAAUGGCUGCUUGCUGAAUUGCCAGGUGGAUUAUUUGAAGUGGUAGCCCCUGGAGGAUAUACAUUUUAUUUGGAAGACAAAGAUCAGCCAAAAACAGACCCAGUGCGAAGGGUAGCACUUGCUGUCUCUGACCUGCAGAAAUCUUUACACUACUGGUCCAGUCUAUUGGGAAUGAAAAUUUACAGUAAGGAUGAAACCAAGAAGAAUGCCCUUUUGGGAUAUGGAGAUAACCAGUGUAAGUUGGAACUACAGGAUAUUGGUGGGCCAGUGGACCAUGGGACAGCGUUUGGCAGAAUUGCCUUUGCUUGCCCUAAAGAUGAGCUUCCAAACAUCGAGGCAAAGAUGAAAAAAGAAAAUCAAAAAAUUUUGACUCCUCUAGUAAGCCUGGACACACCUGGAAAAGCCACUGUUCAAGUUGUAAUUUUGGCUGAUCCUGAUGGCCAUGAAAUUUGUUUUGUUGGUGAUGAAGCAUUUCAAGAACUGUCUCAGACCGAUCCAACUGCAGACAAACUUCUUAAUGAUGCUAUGGACGCAGACAAGAGUGCAGAAUGGUUUGCAAAACACAGUAGACAGAAGCCUUCUGCCUAGGUGAACGUGACAUAUUUUAUACCGCCUGAACAUUACAAUAAUAAGCUUCAGUGCAGAAUGGAAGAACUUGGCCUAAUUCAGCUACACAAAUGGAACAUGGUGGCCGUCUCAUGAUUCUAAUGCGUGAAAUCUAUCCUUACAAAACUUUGGUUUUGAAUUUAUUAUAUGAAUUAGUUAUGAAUUUGUGGCAAAGUCCAAAAAAUGGGCACAAAUGUUUUUUGGGGUUUUUUUUGCAUUUUUGCAAAAUUCAAUCUUCUGUUUGAACACUGAGGUGCAACUGGAGUAGUGUACAAAAAAAAAAUAUUUCUCUGUGCUGCCUGUGUUUGGCUGAGAGGUUAGCAGAAAUGUUUGUGUUUAGCAGGAAGGGUGGCUUGUGGCCCUCCUGGAACACCUUUAGCUUGCCUACUAGCAGAAAAUUGCUUGGAGCUGCUAUGUACUAUGGAGGGCUGCACUAACCAUAUUAAGUACAGGGCUCAUUUGUGCAUGACAGCCCUGUAAAGAGCCCGCUUAAGAGCAAGGCUGGAAGGAGACCAUGAUGUGUCUCAUCAGGUCAUUCCAAAUCAUAAUGUAAAAUAUAAAAAGCAUUGUAUACAGUAUAUGUUGUGAUUCAGAGCAUUAUUUGGGAAGCAUGAUUCAGUACAUGGUCACAUCAUCCAAAAUAUUUUUUAAGAGAUGAACAACACGCUACAAUUUCACCUUGUGCUUAGUCAUUAUAAGAUUAUAAUUAAAAAUUGACACCUACAGAAAAACUAGACCUGACGUCAGAAUAAGGACCUGAGCUAUCUAAAUCCGCCUCUGCUUGUUUGGUACUACAACUCCCUGUAUUCUUAAGGUAAAGAUUGCCAUUUGUCACUAUAACAGAAAACCAAUUAUAUGUCAUUUUUAUAAUCUCCUGCCUUCAUCAUAAUCUGCAGUUGCUUACAGUGUUUGUAUUUGACAGUGAUGUUAAAAAUUGCUAGUGAGUGUAUAAACUUGGUACCAUUGUUUAAACAAAUAAAAGUUUAAAU